AUGGAUCAAACGCCAACAGACUCUCAUGAUGAUGAGAAACCAGUCCAAGCACAAGUGGACCAUCCCACCUAUAGUAUCUCUACUAAUUUCCAUGCCUUAUGUGAUCACGAAGAAAAUCGUUCGCCUGAACUACCGGAUUCCGAUAUGACUGAAAUCGAUGAGGGAAUCUGUUUAACACCUGCACCACGAUCAAUUUCGACAAUCACUUCGGACAAAAGUCGUGAUGUGACAGAGAAAAGCUCGAAAGGAUCAUCAACGCUUCCUGUAUCAUUAACUGUCGCUCCACCAUCCGAAAAUCUACAAACCAGCCGUGCAUCAGAACAAGAACGUGUCGUCCAAAAGGAUACGAAAUGCCGUCGAAAAAAACCAUUAUCAUAUGGGAUACAUAUUGAACGUGAAUCAAAAUGUAACAAUUUAACUGACUGCGUGGCAAAACUACUAAACAUCUCAAUACAAUCUGAGGGAUACCAUUCGAUCAUGUUGAAACAUAUCCACACCAUCAGGAAGUACAACGAAGCUGACGAUAGGGGACGCUUUGGUUCAGUCACAUAUUUUGUUUUAUAUGAACCUGCCGAAACUCUCAUUGCCGUCAAACGUGUUCCGUACAGUGAAAACAAAGACAAACUCUUGUCAAUUCAUGCGGAGCUGAGUGUAUUAGAAGCAACUCGAACAGAUAAAUCCGAUUAUAUCGUUGGUUAUUUUUGCACCUUGAGAGACUUCAUGUUCAACGAUCUUUAUUUCUGCAUGGAAAAAAUGGAUACAUCGCUGAAGAAGUUUAACGAAACCAUGCAUUCAAAGGUUAAGUUUAUGCCACAGCAGCUCGAACUUUUCGUACGGCGUUGUGCUUACAAUAUAAUCAUGGGACUUGCCUUUUUGGAAUCGAAAGGUUUUGUCCAUCGAGAUAUUAAACCAGACAACAUUUUGAUUAACAGACGCUGUGCGAUCAAACUGGCAGAUUUUGGUCUUAGUGGUCACUUAACCACUAAUGAGUAUGAAUUCGACAGCGCUGUCGGUACUGAGCUGUAUAUGCCACCUGAUGUUCAACAAUGCUCUACUCAAAGUGACAUGUGGGCAUUGGGUAUAAGCCUGCUUGAGAUUAUUCUUGGAAAACAUCCGAUCACUACCCGACCACCUCCUCUAGCAGUUUUGGAUGUAAACGAGUGGAAGCCCAUAGUUCCAACAGCAAUCUCAAUUGGUUUGCAAGAAUUUCUCCUACAAUUGUUGAACAAGAAGGCUGCACUGCGACCUCCAUCCUACGAGCACAUCAUUAGUACAACAUUCAUCGGUCAAAUGUCCCCAGAUCCGUCCGAGGAUGAAAUUGCUUUCGUCCGUCGAGUAAUAAAGACGAAUAACCAACGUUCAUCGCCUAAAAACCGAGGAUGA